UGCAUUCAUAUACUGUCUACAGAUUACUUCAAGUUUAUUCGUGAUAGGGAAGAUUAGUAAUGUUUGAAUAAUUUUGAAACAUUAAUUUUCGAUAACUGCAGUCAGUAUGAACUGAUAAAUGUUAUUAUGAUAUUGAUAAUCACUAAAUUGGCAAAUAUAGAUCAAUAAUUUUAUUAAAUCACAUCUUAUCAUGUCUGCCGAGCAUCACAGUGGAAAAGGUUAUACACCUCUUCCUCAGUGUGUGAACAAUACUGACACCGAAGAUGAAGAUGAACAUGUAACACAAAGAAAUGAUUUAACAAACAAACAAACGAUGAGAGAGAAACAACGGAGCCUACUACAGUUCACGAACAUGAAGAGUAUUUGAUGAAACUAGAAAUUUAGCAAAUCGAACUCGGAAUAGGAAAAACAUAAUUAUAUGUUACAGAGAUGAUAUACCUACAAUGAUAGUAGAAGGCAAUAUUCAAAAUGAUUUGUGGAAACGUAGAGAUAUGUCUCUUUCGUUUCGUUAAAAGCACUUCUCAAUGGUUCAAGUUUAUCGCAAAGAAAAAGGGAAAUAACAGCAUCGCCACGUAUAUUUAAAACGAUGAUGUUAGAUGAACAAAAUAAUUAUUGGUGGCUUACACGUUAUCAUCGUUUGAUGGUUGCAAAUGAAGGCAUAUGUUCUUGGGAAUCUUGUAAAGUUACUUUGAAUUUAAUUCUUCAAAAAGAACCAAAUCAAACAUUGAAAAUUUGGGAAUAUGUCAGCCCAAAUUCGUUUGUCUCAAAACCAGUCUUUUUGAUAACAUCAGAAGAACCAUAUAGCACUGGAUUAGUAAUAAAAUUCUGGCAGUGGCUCGAUACAAAUCCUUCGGUAACAGAUGCGAUACCUAAAAUCAUUGAACGAAAACUAAUCGAAAAAGUAUUAAUCGUUUUUGAUAAUUAUACCGACGUACAAGUUAUUAACGCUAGUCAAACUGAUGUUACUCGAUUAUGUAAUGGUACUAACUGUCAACCAAAUUUAGAUUUACGAGUGAAAUUUAAUUCCAUUGCAGCAGCAAAUAUUAAUCAAGAGGGAUAUCCAGAAUUGGUAAGUUAUUGGUCUUCAUAUAAUAACGAAUCGCCUAGAAUGCUCACGUCCAAAAUUGAAAUUGUUAAAAUAGACUUAAUAAUAUCUAACUUACCACGUCCUAAUGUUCAAUUUUUUAAAAUACUCCUUAACUAUGCAAAUUCUAUGCAUUCUACAUGCGUAGGUAAGCGAUAGAUACUUUAUUAGCAUAUGUAGGCACAGGUCAUAUAUAAUUAUUUAAAAUAUGUUGCAAAUCAAUUGAUUUUAUGCUGUGAACGUAAUUCGUAUUUUCAAAAUAACGAACAUGUAAGAAUGAUUGUGAAAUUUAUUUAUUUUUUAUUUAUUUUUUUCUAUAAAAAAGAAUAUUUAACGAAUAAAAAGAAAUGAUAUUUUUCGAUUGAAUUAAAUUACGAAUUUAAUUACAAAAUAAAAGCCAGCUUAUCGAAUAAUCAUUUUACUAGAAAAAUAAUAAUAAUGGUGCCUUGAAAUGAGUUAUUGACAUUACACGUUGUAUCUUACAACUGUAUUAUGCUUCAGUGCGCCGAUAUUGAUAUAAAAAAGCAAUAUCAUUGUAUGUCAUAGAUUUUCAAAAUAUUAUCGUCGAAUUACGCUUAUGUAUUACAUAAAAUUUUAAGGUUAUUGUACGAAAAAAGAAAAUAAAAAAAAAAGAAAAAUCAUACCAUCGAACGUAGACAUGAAAUGCUCCUGAAUUGCUACUUGUCAUAUAUUGUCACAAACUAAAUUCAUUUUUCAACUUAUUCUCACUUAUUAUUACGCCUAUCAACCUUAUACGCGCAUAUAUGAUAAUCUACAAAGAAGAAAACAUCUGGUUUUCAAAAUAUUAUACUCAUUUCCAUAAUAUAACAAUAUUAGCAACGAAAUAUUAUAUAUAUGUACAUCGACAAAUAACAACGUCUAAAUAUAUUGUUUUACAAUAGGCCAUACGUGGACAUUUCCGUUAAUUUCAUACGAACGUCCUUCGAAAAAAUAACUAUUUACCAUACGACUAAUUUCAGCACGGAAUGCAAUUUUUGUUAUCAAUUCAGAUGAUACAUCUAAUCACAAGUUUCAUCGAAAGAAAAGUUAAAAAAUUAAAUGCAAACGUAUGGAAGUAUGAAAAGAAAUUAUUGAAGCUGUAUGAAUUUUGAAUUGUAUCUUUAAUCUCCAGAAAAUGACACGAAUAACACAGAUGUUAAUUUUUUUUUUUUUUUGUUUACAACUUUUUACUCUGCAAGAAGGCCGAUUUUAAAGUAACUAAUGAAUAAUUAUCUUUGAGUUGGAGAGUAAGUAUAAAAGUCAAAGUAAGUUGAUGUCUGAACGUAUUAACUUGGUGAACGAGCUAGGAUCUGCUAGAGCGUAUGGUUCAUAUAGUAAAGAUUCAUGUGGUAUGUAGUAAAUAGUCUCCUAUUGUACAUUUCGAUGUACAUUUUAACGUAGUUACUAGUUUAACAAGUCAAACGUAAAACAUUUUAGCCUAAUUACUAGACUAAAAAAAAGAAGUAUAAAGAUAGUUGAAGUAACUCCUAAUUCGAAAAAAGACGAAGUCCUGAAUCAGCUGUUUAACUUUAAUAAGUUCGAAAUCCAUGAAUGUAAGACGAUAAAUUGAAAGAAAUAACAAAAUUAUUAAUACCUUUUGAAACUACCUGUAUAUUUUACAUACGGGAAAUAUUAAAUAAUUUGUCUUCUACCGACCCAUUUCCCAUAAAAAAAAAUAUUUUCUAAGUACUCGAAUCUUGUAUAAUCGUUCAUAACGGAAAGAUUAUCUUCAAGAAUAAUGGAUGUAAAUUUUAUACGUUAUUUAUUUAUAUUUAAUUCUUGCCUUAUGACCAUUGUUGGAUUUAUUGUUAUUUAUGUUGAACCUUACUUACCUGUUUUAAUUACACGUACAUUUCACUAUGGUAAACAUGAAAUUAAAAUUCAUCAACCAUUAGUUGCAAAAGCCGAACUACCAAAAAGGUGGUUUAAACAUUUCUAUCUCUUUGCAACACCAGUUUCUACUUGUUCUCUUAUCCUAUUUUUCUAUAAAUAUUUUAUGAACGGUACAAUUCCUGAAAUAAUAUAUUGGUUAUUAGAUAUAUCACUUGGCAAAUCUAGAAAAGCAUUAAUAUCACCAGAAUGUGGAUAUUUAGCCAUAACACUUUUUACUUUUCAUUGUUGGAAAAGAUUAUACGAAACACAUUAUGUUACUGUUUUCUCUGAUAAAAAAAUGAAUAUCUCUCAUUACAUAGUUGGAUAUAUACAUUACAUAGGAGCAAUAUUAAGCAUUAUGGGUGAAUCACAUGGUUUCGUUCAAAAUGACAAAGAACUGAUUUAUUGGCAUAAAUUAACGCUCUUACAAAUAGUUUGUGCUAUCACAUUUUUAUUAUCUUCGUUGGUGCAAUUACAAACUAAUUUUAUUUUAGCCAGUUUAAGAAAAUCUAACAAUAAAGUUGUCUUUAUUGGCUAUAAAGUACCACAUGGUGGUUUAUUUAAAUAUUUGUCUGCACCGUUGGAAUUUACAGAAAUUUUAAUUUAUUUAAUGUUAUCUGUUAUUCUUUGGCAAAGUAAUACAUUUCAUUACAUUACACUUUGGGUUGUAAUAAACCAAAUAGAUUGUGCUGUAAUGACUCACCAAUGGUAUAAAAAAACUUUCCCAAAUUAUCCAAAGGAACGUAAAAUUUUGAUUCCAUAUUUAUUCUAGAUAUAAUUAUUAUCACUUUCCAUUUCUAAUACUUAUAAUAUACUUAUUAACUUAGAUACUUUGCAGAAGAUUUUUAUUACUUUCUUUUUACUAGACUCAUGUAAACACACAUAUAC